AUGAAAAAUAUUAAAAUACUUCUUUAUAUCCUUCCUUUUACAUUAUUAUUUCUUAUACAGGAUUCAGAACAAAAUUAUUAUAGUGAUUAUAAUUCUAAAAUGGAUACUGAAGCCUUAGUAAUUCAAGAUUUCUUGAAAUUUCUAGUAAAUAAUGCUCUUUUCCCAUUAAGUGCUGUUUCUCGAGGCUAUUGUCUAUACCAAUCUGUUAUAUAUUAUUCAAACGAAAAUUUAUAUCCAAAUUUUGAGACUACAGCUUUAGGGGCUAUCUUAUUAAGUAUAAAUUGGAAACAUACAAAUUCUUUUAUAAGUAAAUGUAAUAAAUCACUUAAAAUUAUUGAAAAUGAUCUUUUAGGUAUUAAUCGAAACAGAAAGAAUAAUUGGGUAAAUAAAACAAUAAAAAAUAAAACUAUUCGUAUAAAAAAAAUAAAAAUUUGCAAUUUAAUACAUUCUUGUUUAAAAUCUCUUGAAAAAUAUAAUCAAAUAGAACAUUUACGUCAAAUAUUAUAUGUUGAAACUCAUUAUAAAAAUCUUUAUGGGAAUUUAGCAGCUGAAGAAGAAGCUUGGAAAACUAUUAAAAUAAUUAGACAAUUAUUGGAAUCAAAUUUAUUAGAUGGAAAUAUAUAUAAUUAUCUUAAAUCAUUUAUUUUACAUCAUUAUAUAAAUAGAAUUAUUAUAUAUGCUAAUUUAGAACCAAUAUCACUUUAUGCUUCGAUAGGACUUCUUAAUACUAUGAAUAGAGAUCAUACUUUAAAUAAUUGGAUUUUAUCAGCUUCAAAAUCUUCUAUACAUCAGUCUGCAUAUGAUCCUGUUACUAAUAUUAGAUAUGAUCCUAAAAAGAGUUUAAAAUCUAAUAUUUAUAAUUUUAAGUAUAGGACAUGUAUUCAUGUUAUAUGGUCAUCUAGGAUAUUAUUAGAGAAUAAUGAACAAUCACAUUUAUUUCUUGAAAGUUCAAUGUCUAAUUUAAUAACAUUUUUUCAAGAUAGAAUUGAAUGGUUAUGUUAUAAAUUAUUUACUCAUACAAAAUUAGUUACAAAAGGUAACUAA